CACCAAAGUCAAAACUGCGGAAAUCUGAAACAGAACGGAAAAUGCUGCAAAACACAGUCUCUGCGGAGGGAGAGAGUGUCGAUGUGUCGUCAUCAACUUUUGGAGAGACCUGGAGUCAUAGGAGAAAGGCCAUUCGGCCCGUCUGCCCCUUGCAGGUUCUGCAAGAGCAAUUUCAGGUGGUAGAAACAAAUGGAAUAAAUUACACGGACUGUCAGAAGAAAGUCAACAUUCAUUCAGUAAGGGAAAGAUGGUGGUUCCUCGCAAUCAGUAAUUGUAGGCUGAAAGACAACCGUACAUCUCUGGAAUAUGCCUGUAGAAUACUUCACCGGAUGACACACCUCCCUGCCCUUCCUGGAGGUGGAGGAAUAACUUUGGAAUAUAAAAUUACAAUGUCUAAUGGGAAAGAUUUGUGGAGAAGGCAUUUUUCUGCAGACCAAAUUGGCAUACUUGAAGUGCACAUACUAUCAGUAUUGCUAUUCAUAAUUACACUUGGAGUUUGCAUCUGUUUUGCUCGUAAGUAA